GUUCAUUGUAGACAAGCUCCUACAAAGCUUUAGCUUUUGCUGUGAAAUGAUUAUGACUCGCAGUCAUUCUCAAAUCUCAACAAGUCAAGCAAAUGGGGAUUGAGAAAGGAAAGACAAUGUUGCUAAAUAUUAUAGAGAAAUCCGGUGGUUGCGCCGUUGUAGACGGCGGCUUCGCCACCCAGCUUGAGCUUCACGGCGCCUCCAUCAAUGACCCUCUCUGGAGCGCUCUUUGCCUUAUCAAAAGUCCUGAUCUCAUCAAACUGGUGCAUUUGGAAUACUUACAAGCCGGGGCGGAUGUAUUAGUGACUUCAUCUUAUCAGGCCACUCUGCCUGGAUUCUUGUCGAGGGGGGUUUCUUUAGCAGAUGGUGAAUCACUACUGAAAGAUAGUGUACAGUUAGCUAUAGAAGCCCGGGAUGAGUUUUGGGAAUCUGUGAGAAGAAAUGAGAAACAUAGAUAUAACAGGGCUCUAGUGGCAGCCUCAAUUGGAAGCUAUGGUGCUUAUCUUGCUGACGGUUCAGAAUACCGUGGAAAAUAUGGAGCGGAUGUGAGCCUUGAGAAAUUGAAGGAUUUUCAUAGGAGGAGACUGCAAGUGCUUGUGGAAGCAGGGGCAGAUUUGUUGGCGUUUGAGACCAUUCCUAAUAAACUUGAAGCCCAGGCAUUGAUUGAGUUGCUGGAUGAAGAAAAUGUAGAGAUUCCAUCAUGGAUCUGUUUCAGCACAGUAGAUGGGGAAAAUGCAGCAUCUGGGGAGAGCUUUAUGGACUGCCUUGAGGUUAUUAACCAGUCUAGCAGAGUUGCAGCAGUUGGUAUAAACUGUUCCCCUCCUCAGUUUGUUCUCACUCUCAUCCAGAAAUUUAAGCAGAUGACUGGGAAGGCAAUAGUUGUUUAUCCUAACAGUGGGGAGACGUGGGACGGCAUAGAAAAACAAUGGCUGCAUUCAAAAUGUUUUGACGAUGAAAAGUUCGGAGAAUUCGCCCCACUAUGGCGUGAAGCUGGAGCUAAUCUCAUAGGUGGCUGUUGUCGAACCACACCCUCUACCAUUGAAGUUAUUGCAAGAGUCCUGAAAGGCUGAAAGAACAAUGAUCACCCAAUUAACUUAGUACAUAGUGUAUAAUGUUCAUUUUACCUUUUCCGAUUUACAUUUCCACAUAACAUCUUGGGGAUUGCGUGAUCAUAACUGAAGUAAAUAUUUGAGAGAAAAUUAGUUUUAUUCCUAUCAGAAAUGAUUAGAAUACGAAAUAGUUUACAAGCCUAGAAAAAC